AUGCACGGGAAGGAGUGCGAAUGGAUCGGCCCUCCGCCCUGUCCCACGCCGACCGGCCAUGCGGCCAAGCUGGUGGUCUUCGAUUUCGACCUGACGCUGACCCAGUUCCACGUCUUCAAGAGCUUGGCGGGCUGGAUGCUCAGCUCUGCCCUGCUGCUGGCCAAGUUUCGGAUGGCCGAUGGCUGGAAGUGCACAGACGAGGAGCGGUUGCCCGUGAGCCCGCCCUACGCCACCACCGAGCUCGGGCAGGUGGUGCGCAUCAUGGAGCUUAACAAGGGGGGCACGUUCCGAAGGCGCGGCGGCUUCGCCACCGCGUCAUUCGGCGGCCACCGGCGAGUGGCGCGCAUGCGGCGGUUGUUGAAGGGCCUCAAGGAGCGGGGCGCUGUGCUGCUGGUGGUUACCAAGGGGCUCGUCGGCACUGUGCGAAAGGUGCUGGACGACCUGGAGUUGCUCACAUAUUUCAGCCAGGUCUACGGACACAUGGGCGCGCACUACGGCUCCACGCAGUUCGAUCAGGAGUGUGCGAUGCAGAUUCCUUCUCCGGACGUCACGAGGUUCUUGGGGCCGAAGUGCGCGUUGCACAAGGAUUUCAAGGGCGUCUUAGUCCAGGAACUUAUGGAGCGCUUCGGGCUCAGGAAGGCACACGUCGUGCUUGUGGACGACGACCCUAAGGAGAUUACGUUAGCCGCGCCCAUCUGCCGGACUGUUUGGGUCAAGGAUGUCAACGGUAUGCGGUCGCAUCAGAUCCGCGCGCUCCGUGCGAUGGUCGAUGGGCAGGGCCGGAGAUUCCCGAGGAGACCAGAGAAUCCCGAGGAGACCGAUGUGACCAUCCUAUCUUCUCAGACCCCCUAUCUGCUCAGAGCUCCCGAGGAGACCAGAAGAUCGGAGCACCUGAUCAUCCACUGCGUCCGACAGCGCAAGGGUAAGCCCGCGAGCUACUCGAGCAUGCUCAGCUGCUGCUUCCGGCCAUGCUUUCUUCACUGCCGGCAGGAGGGGAAGAAGUGCGGCUCCACCCGCCGCUGCCUGCACGAGCGGAAGCUAGCGCACGAAAGGCAACAAUUAGGAGGGGCAGUCCGCUUCUUUGGGCUACAGAGCCGAGUGCAGUACCGGGUAAAGUCUUUCCAGCCGAUGGGGGGCGGCACCGGCGGGCGCCUCCUGGCCGAGCGCUCGGUGCUGCUGGGCUGGUGCGAGAUGUCGCGGGUGCCGCUGCCAGACAUAUCGGGACUCGUCAGUUUGAAGGUCGACGGCUUCGGGCCCGACACCCGCAAGGACGAGGUCUGGGACCUCUUCCGCAAGUGCGGCAAGAUCGGCGACGUCUACCUGCCGAGGGACCCGCAGACACAGAAGGGUCGCGGCUUCGCCUUCGUCCGCUUUCACGACAAGCAGGACGCAGAGAACGCGGUCAAAAGUUUGGAUGGCGAGAGGUUCGAUGGUCAACCCCUGAAGGUGCAGUUCGCCGAGCAGGGCCGCCGGGACCUGGACCCGGGCAGCUCGCGGGGCAUGGCGAGCCGCCGCCGGAGCCCCAGCAGGCGCCGGAGCCCGAGCAGGGGCAGGGGCAGACGAGGCCGCAGCGACUCCGACAGCCGCGGCCGCAGCCGCGGCAGGCGGGGCGGAGGCCGUUCACGUUCUCGGCACAGCCGGUCGCGGUCGAGAAGGAGGAGGUGA